CUUUUUCCACCGCCGAUUCAUACCAAUUGAACUACAUGCACACAUUAAACCGCACAUGAGUUUCUCAAAUGGUUCCGACACGUAAACGUAUAGGGAUAAUUAUUUGCGUAGUCGUCAUACUCGGCUGUUUGCUACGAAUUUUACUUAUUAAUUCUCCCCUGCCAACAUUAUCGGACCAGGAAAAUUAUCAACGGACCAUUGGAGCGCCCGUGCUAGUUAAGGUUUUCUAUGAGGCAUUAUGCCCAGACUCAAAGUACUUCCUUACAAAACAGCUACUUCCAGCAUACGAGGCUGCUGCACCAAUAAUGGAGGUGCUACUUGUUCCUUACGGCAAGGCGACAACAAGUGAAAACGAUGGCAAAUUAAGUUUUGAUUGUCAACAUGGUCCUACAGAAUGUCAGGCAAAUAUAUAUCACGCGUGUGCGUCUGAAGCAAUUGAAGAUCCGCUAGUUCGGUUACAGGUUGUAUCCUGUAUGAUUCGAGACAAUCGUUCCCCUCAAGAGGCAAUGCGCAAGUGCGCGAAACAGCACGUUGAUCUCGUACAAAAAUGUUAUGACAGUAAGCAUGGAUCAGAGCUGCUGAAACAGAAUGGAGAAGCCACACAUUCCCUCAGGCCACAAGUAACAUUUAUUCCAACUAUAACAAUAGAUGGCUACCAGGGUAGACAGGCAUCUAUUUUAAAAAACUUGCUUUUUGAAGUGUGUAAAGCUGCCGGUGACACAGAUCAAGCUAAACAAAUAUGCAAAAACACUGUGUAGGGCAAUUGUUU